UGGGAUUCUGGUCGUUGCUCCGGGAAGGGGUCGCUAGAGUUGCGUUUCUUCGCUUUCGGUUCGCCAGAGCUCUGCUCGUUUGUCACCCCGGGGGUCCAGGGGGCCGAGAUGUCCUCCGUGCAGGUUCUUUACCCUCCCAAGAUUCAUCACAGCAUGGUUAACCCGGGGUGCCUCAAAGAUGAUCCGGCUCAGGGGAAGGUGGCCUUGGAGACGCGCUACCGCCUGGGAGCGUUGAUCGGGAGCGGCGGGGUUGGGGCGGUCUACGCAGGGACGCGGCUCAGCGACUCCCUCCCGGUGGCUAUUAAAUAUGUUGCUAAGGACCGAGUCUUGCAGUUCCACCAUAUGAAUGGCACCCUUGUUCCUCUGGAAGUCCUUCUGCUGAAGAAAGUGUCAUCCCCGGGUUGCCGAGGAGUUAUCCGUCUUCUGGAUUGGUUUGAGCAGCCUGACUCGUACUUCAUUGUUAUGGAGCGACCGCUUGUUUCUCAGGACCUGUUUGAUGUUAUCACAGACCAGGGGCCACUCCCUGAAAAUGUGGCUGCUGGUUACUUCCAACAAGUGGUGGAGGCAGUGCGCCACUGCCACCUUUGUGGUGUGUUGCAUCGAGACAUAAAAGACGAAAACAUCUUGGUAGAUCUUCUGCAUGGUGACUUAAAACUCAUAGACUUUGGCUCAGGUGCAUUGCUGCGGGAUUCUCCGUACACAGAUUUUGAUGGCACGCGAGUGUAUAGCCCCCCUGAGUGGAUAAAAUACCACCGCUAUCAUGGUGUGCCUGCCACUGUGUGGUCCCUGGGCGUGCUACUGUAUGAUAUGGUAUGCGGGGACAUCCCUUUUGAACGUGAUGAGGAGAUCCUGCUUGGGAAACUCCACUAUCACUGUAGGAUAUCCUCAGACUGCCGUCACUUGAUUGAGUGGUGCCUCUCGUUAACGCCAGAGAAGCGACCUUCCUUGGAGCAGAUCCUGGCUCACCCGUGGCUCCUCACAUUCUUGGAGCCGAGCGGACGCAAAGUGCAGCAGCCCACAGCCCACAAAGGUGGUACAAGCCUGUGACUGGCAGCCUAUGGACAGAAUAGGGGCAGCCUGUCACACAAGGAGCAAAGGCAUCGUGGCUUCUCCUGCACCAAUGGACUGAUAUAAUCACUGUUUCUUAUUCCUGCUGAUUAGCUGAGCGGGAAAUUGCCACUGGGGGCAAUUUCUGAAAUCCCGAUGGUGUGGCAGUAAUCCUGCCCAACUGACUAGACAACGGGGCUGUCAUUCGGCCCCUACACAAGACAACAGAGACCAAGGGGUGCUGUUUUGUUUACACAAGGACUCUGCCUGACCCUGUGUGCUGGGAAGUGGCAGAGACUGGCACCAGGCAAGCAGCGUUUCAAGGCUUUCUCUUGUACGACUUGAGCACCUCAGGACCUACCUCUUUGGGGCAGCAGGAUUGGAUUGCAUUUUUAUGUAACGCGGAUAUAUGGUGAUGUCUCUGUGGAUGCCAGCUUAUUUAUUUAGCAUGAUAUUCCGUUUGGGGAGCCUCAUUUUAUGCUGAUGCUAAGCGUUUACCUGCUAUAGUUUUGAGUGUAGGAAAACUUUUCUCCAGUACAGCCCAAAACUGACACAGUAACAUCUCCCCACUUUACCCCAUGUAUCCAUUCCUGUUCAGCCAUUCCAAGUCUGAAGCCAAGCUCUAGUGCUUGACUUCUUCGCCCUGCCCUCCCUCACAUUGUCCUGUUUUAGAAGGUGAAGGAAAUAAAAAGUAAAGACCUAACCUCAUUCAAAAGUGCAUAUAAAAAAUUAGUCCAUAAAUAAAAGCAAGGUUGGGGUGGGGGGGAUGUUAAUUGAACUUCUGAAAAAUCCUGGCUCCAAGCCUCUUCUAUUCUAACAAGGACCUCAAAUUUUGUUCACAUUCAAGCCAAGCUUUCAUUCCAAAGAAGAGGCUACCUUUUCCAAAAAUGCUGGUGGAAUCUUGCAGUUCUAAUGGCUCUAAGAAUCCUGAGUUUCUUGUUUGAAAUUCCUGAUAGGUUUCUUGCCUCUUCUCAUAGAUCUUUCAUCUGGGCGAUGUUGGACCUGAAUGUGGGUGGCCUGGGUUCCUCAUUCCAUCAUGUCAAACUUGGGCCUCCCAAGAGGUGGCUUGCAAGUCCAACUGAGAUUUUAGUUAAUAUAGGGAAAGUCUGGUGCCUUGGAUGUUUUCUUAACCUUGGCAAAUACCUUUUCAUCUAUUGAUUUUUGUAAGACCUCCGUUCUCCUCCACACACACACUGUUUUUUUUUGUUUUGUUUUUUUUGCCUUAGAAACUGAGGGGUCAACAGGGGACUUUUCUGUUUAGCCUUAAUCAUCUUAAUGAAUUAGGCCAAAGUGUUCUUAACCUUUGAGUAAGAACUUGUGUUUUGAAAGAGUAACAGUAAGGGCCUUUUUGGCUCUCUGAAUUGGCCUUCUAGAAAACUUCGGGUUAUAUGGGAUUUUCAAUGAUUUUCCAUCCUUAGUAGGGGGGGUCAGAGCCUUCUCUUGGCCACAUCUAUUUCUCCGGUUGCUUUGAAUUCUGGUCUUACCACUUGGUAAAGAGAGGAGGAUGCUGCCUCCAUGAGCAGUUAAGACUGACAGAUAUUUGAGGUAAAGAUUCAAGCUGAUUGUCAGGUAGAUUUAUCAGUCAUAGUCAUCUAGCAAAACCUCAAUAAACUUUGGCCCGCUUUGAUAGUCAGCCAAAAGGAGCACGUGCCACAAACUUGCCUGCCCAGAAUGAAGCAGGGGAAAUGAUGACCUUGCUUGAUAUUCUACUGUUGAAAAUUCAGGCUUACUAAAAGCUUGAAUAUUCUGCUCUAGCUCUCAGCUGGAAGGAGAAACAAGACUCCAUUCUUAAGCUGGAUCUCAAAGACAUUUGGAAAACAAGUCUGGCUGCUUUCUGAGUGUCUCCAAGGUUCAGAGUGACCUUCAAAUGGGGAGACAUGCUGCUUCUGUAGAUCAUGGGGAGGGGGGGGGGAAGAAAAGCAAAGUCUUCCCUUGAUCUCUUCCUGGCCAUGCUAAAGCAUGAACUUGUGGUUCCCUGUGUCUGCACAAAGCUGAGCAGUCUUAAAAUUCCUGUCCGCUUAACACAAGUAUUGUGCCUCUUAAUGAAGUGGGAGCUGGGUCAGAAUGAUAUCCAGGAAAGAGAAGGGCUGCAAAACCGGAGAUCCAGCCUGGGAUAUUACCAGCAACAGUUUCUAAGCCUGCUGCGGUUAGCAAUUAUAACUAAAGAAUAUUUAUAUGCCAGUUCAGGUUGUUACUUUAUAUUUGUGGACAUGUGUGUUUUCUUACUGCCUCUUAUGUACAUUUGUGCAACCACAUAACACAGUGCCUCGCCCUUUUGGGCCCCUAUAUCUACAAAGCCCGA